AUGAGAAAGCAUCAGAUCCCACUCGCAGUUUUGUUUCUGUCGAUGUAUGGUUUUCAAAAAGCUGUUUGCGCUGAUAUACUCAUCCAUGGAUUUCAUAGGUCUCAAAGUCAUGCCCAUAAUCUUGCAUACUUAGGCGCUGCCCUGAUUAAGCAUGGUCACUCCGUCGAUGUGUUAACAUUCACGACAGGCAUAAUUAAUGACGUGUAUACAGAAAUUGGUUUACCAAUCUUGGAACUAAUGGCUACUAGUUAUAUCAAUGCAGACGUACUUUCCGAUUUCUAUGGCACGUCUAAUGACCAUGUUUCAAGCAAGUUACUUAAUACAGAUGCUGCAUUCUGUGACGCACUGUUCCAACACAAAGAAUAUAUUCGAGACACAUUAAAAUCCUACGACAUGGCAGUUACAACUUCGAGAUGUCGCUGUUGCAUAAUGUUACUUCAGUAUGUUGGUAUUCCGCAUGUAUUAUUACAUGUAGCAACAGAUGCUGGAUAUGCAACCGACAUCCCGGCACCUCUAUCUUACUAUCCUAUUGAGCGUACAACCUUGAUGCUUACAGAUAAAAUGACGUUUCUGAACAGACUUCAAAACACCCUAGCAUCAAUCCUAGUAAUACCAGUCAAAAAUAAUAACAUUGCUUUCACCAAACUGUACCACAAACACAACGUCAUUCCAGAACGACAUCUAUUAUCAAACUUGCAUAUUCUAGUUAAAGACUUUGCUAUCGACUAUGUACACCCAUUGGGACCUAAUGUAAUUCCAAUCGGACUACUUACAGCCAGACCAGCUAACAACUUGUCGACGGAUUUGGAGGAAUUUAUGCACAGCUCGGGCAAUGAAGGCGUCAUAGUGGUAUCAAUUGGGACAGUUAUAAAACAUCUUCCAAAGAAAACGCUUGACAUAAUACUAUCGACACUUGCCAGAUUUCCCCAAAAAACGGUGUUCAGUUACAGAGGAUCAACACCUCCAGGUCUCGGUGAUAACGUUAAGAUUGUUAAAUGGUUUAAUCAAAAUGAUAUUUUAGGGCAUCCAAAAACCCGUUUAUUUUUAACUCAUGGCGGAGCAAGCAGUUACCGUGAAGCUAUGUAUCAUGGAGUUCCAAUCGUAUGCAUUCCACUACUGUUUGAUCAAUUCGAUACGGCUGCUAAAAUUAAAUAUAAAGGCGUUGGUACAUAUGUCAAAAUGAAGUCACUGAAUAAUGAGAACUUGUACGAAGCCAUGGUUGAUGUGUUAUCGAAUGAGAAAUACAGUUACAGAGCCAAGCAACUAUCGGCCAUUGUGAAAGAUGUCCCAAUGAAUGCAACAGAAACUGCAGUCUUCUGGAUUGAACACGUGAUAAAACAUGGUGUCAAUCACUUGAAUGUUUACGGGAAAAACCUUUCUGUUAUCGAGUAUUACUUGGUUGAUGUGAUUACCGUGAUAGUUGUAACCAUUUCGUUUACAGCAAACAUGCGAUCUGAUUUUGCCUUAUUAUUGUUACUGGUCAUCGAUAUUAGUGGUGAAGAGCAGCACUUGUCAGAGAAUGUAUGA